AUGGCGGACAAGAGAUAUUUGCUCGAAUCGGCUAUCGAUCUUAAAGGACUCGGAGCCAACUCGAGGCUUAAAAAUGGGUGCCUAAACCUCAAUCCGCUUUGCUGGUCGUCAAGGUCGGCCAACUCCUCAAGUGAUCCCCUUCACGCCCCGCCAACGCCAACCUCGAUUCCCAGAAAUCCCCGCGUAAUGGCUUCGCCCGACUCCACCUCCAAGAUGAGCGAAUACUGCAUUCUCGUCGAUACCGCUUCCUCCACAGCCUGCUCCACCGUCGACGGGCCCCCGACGCCCACCGACACCAUCGCGGAGCCCGAACUACCCCCGGCCCACCCAGACAUCCGUCCCCGCACCGAACGUCACCUUUACCAUCCGCCACCGGGACACGGGCAAAGUGAUUGCCCUCGUCGACGGGGACCUGCGCCUGGCCGACCCCGCGGAUCUGCGCGGCGGUUACCACUGGCAUUGCGUCCGCACCGCGGGUGGUUCGGCUUCCGAAACUGCGUGUCCGGCACGUACCUGGGCCACAACGAGCGCAAGAGAUUCAUAGCCGCCGUGCGCCACCACCGCCCGCACGAGUACUUUACCCCGUUGCACCACCCUAGCGGGGGUUACGAGCUGCUCAUGAGACAUAACAACGAGCAGCGCAGCAUGGCCGUGGGACAGGAUGAUAGCUCGCUGGUGGAGGACGAGACAGCAACUGGCGGUGACGAGACAGCAAGCAAGCUAACCCCUAACCUUAUUCUAUCUGGGGAUAUUACCACACAUAGCAAACGCCCGCCUUUCCUGCCCGUGGUUCCACUAUGGCCGAAAAAGCGAUCCCCCGUCAUCAGCUACAGCCAGUUCGCCUGUAUCGGGGCCGGCGUUUCCGCCAUCGCCCUCGGCGCGACGCUGAAGCGAUGGUACGGCAUUGACGAUGUCCGAUUCUUCGAGCGGCACGACAAGCUCGGCGGUACUUGGCACGCCAAUACGUAUCCCGUUCCUCUUUGCCGCCGCCGGCCAGCUCAUCACCCCCGCGAGCUCGACGUUCCCGGCAUCGAAUCCUUCGAGGGUCCCGUGAUGCACUCCGCCCACUGGCGAGAGGACGUUGACCUCACGGGCAAAAAAGUGGUGCUGUUCGGCAACGGCUGCACCGCGUCGCAGUUGAUCCCCGCCAUCGUGGAGCGCACCGCCCACCUCACGCAAAUCGUCCGAACGAAGCACUGGUUCCUGCCCUCCAUGGACAAGGAGGUCGGAGCCCUGCAUCAGUUCCUCCUCGCUCACGUGCCGGGCCUCACGCGGCUGUUCCGCUUCGCCGUCUUCGUUGCCGCCGAGAAGGAUUCUACCUCCUUCUCCAUGACGAAGAGGGCGUCCAAGUAUCGCGCGAAGCGGCAGAAGUUGGCCGAGCAGUACAUGCGCGAGACGGCGCCCGAAAAGUACCACGACCUGCUGAUUCCCAACUUCUUGCUCGGGUAUUGUCCCGGGGGUGUCAAGACUGAGACUGGCGUGAUCGAGGCGGACGUCAUCGUACUUGCCAACGGCUUCGUGACCAAUAAGCCGCUGGAGAAUAUCGAGGUUAGAGGAAGAAAUGGAGUUAGCCUCGCUGAACACUGGGAUGAAUUCGGAGGACCAGAGGCGUAUAACUGCUCAGUCAUGAGUGGUUUCCCCAACUUUUUCAUCUGCCUCGGACCAAACAGCGCGACCGGACAUACAUCCACAAUUAUGGCGUCGGAGAAUGCGGUGAAUUAUGCGCUACGGGUCAUCAAGCCGAUCCUCGACGGGCGAGCGAGCGCCGCCGACGUGAAGCCGGAGGCGGAGAAGCGUUACGUGCAAAGCCUCCAGGGCGCCCUCCAGAAGACGGUAUGGUAUACGGGAUGCUCCAGCUGGUAUCUCCGUGUGACGCCCGGGAGAAAGGUCUGGAACGCCAUGACCUACCCUUGGUCGCAAGCCCAUUUCUGGUACAGCCGGGGAAGGCAAGCCUCUCGGGCUACCGUUUGGUGGAUUGUGGGCAUGGUGGCUGCGAUUGGCUGGGCCCUGAGUGCCGCGUCCGAGGGCGGCAUGGCCGCCGGGACAGUUUCACGUGUGCGCUGGAUCGUAUCUUCUCCCCAAACCGAUUCCACCGCGCUUGUCAGCAAGCUCUCUAGUGGCGGGUCCUGA